AUUCUUUUAUCAUCAAAUCAAAUCCAACUAAACAGUUAGAAAAUGGUAAAGGUUCCAAGAAUCAAAUUGGGUUCACAGGGUUUAGAGGUGUCAGCUCAAGGUUUGGGUUGUAUGGGUAUGUCUGCUGUUUACGGACCCCCAAAACCCGAGCAUGACAUGAUCAACCUCAUCCAUAACGCCAUUGAUGCUGGUGUCACCCUAUUGGACACAUCCGAUGUCUAUGGCCCUAACACCAAUGAAAUCCUACUUGGAAAGGCUUUGAAGGGAGGAAAAGUAAGGGAAAAUAUGGAGGUAGCUACCAAAUUCGGGAUUAAGUAUGAGAAUGGAAACUAUGAGGUGUAUGGUGAUCCGGCAUAUGUUAGGGCUGCUUGUGAAGGUAGCUUGAAGCGGCUUCAGAUUGAUUGCAUUGAUCUAUAUUAUCAGCACCGGAUGGACACUCGUGUGCCCAUUGAAAUCACGAUGGGUGAAAUGAAGAAACUGGUGGAAGAAGGGAAGAUAAAAUACGUAGGAUUAUCAGAAGCUUCGGCUUCUACCAUUAGAAGAGCCCAUGCUGUGCACCCGAUAACUGCUGUUCAACUAGAGUGGUCUUUAUGGUCCAGGGAUGUCGAACAUGAAAUUGUUCCUACUUGCAGAGAACUAGGCAUUGGAAUUGUGGCGUACAGUCCUCUAGGACGCGGAUUUCUUUCAUUGGGUCCGAAGAUGGCUGAGAAUUUGGCAGAGGGCGAUUUCCGUCAGAAUCUACCAAGGUUCCAACCUGAGAAUCUUGAAAAUAACAAAAUGUUGUAUGAGCGAGUUAGCGCGAUUGCAGUAAAAAAAGGGUGCACCCCAUCACAGCUAGCAUUGGCAUGGGUCCACAAUCAAGGUAAUGAUGUUGUGCCAAUACCAGGAACCACUAAGAUUGAAAACCUUCGACAAAACAUUGGAGCUUUAUCUGUUAAACUAACACCAGAAGACAUGGCUGAACUUGAAUCCAUUGCUUCAGCUGAUGCAGCUAAGGGUGAUAGAUACAUGGAUGGUUUCCCCACCUAUCUAAACUCCGACACCCCACCGCUGUCUUCAUGGAAAGCUUAGUAAACACAUCGGUUUGCUAUGAUCUUUUCAAGUUAUGUUGUAGUCCAUCAUCUUGUUUGUAACAAAAAUUUACAUAUAUCAUUGUACGUUUUGUGUUUGGUGUACUCAUCCGAGAGGCCUUUGUGUUUGUGAUAAUAAACCUCGGCUGAGGUGUUACUUUGAGUGAUUUUGUGAAAUAAUGUGAACUAUUUAGUAAA